CUCGACAAAUGCGCUGGAAGAUUAAUGUUGAAGUGACAUUCUGAUAUGGCGAUAACAUUGCAACUGCGUUCAAUAGUUUAAGCCACGUGAUCACUCGUGCUUUGAAACAUAAUGUGAUAAGACCGCACGUCAGGGGCGAUGAGAAGAUCAAGAUAAAGUAAGAAUGUAACGCGGCAGUGGCAGAAUAGGGACGUUUGUACAUUCUUCUGCCAGCGUCAAAAUUGGCCACCGCAGCUGAAAUACAAUGACACAAACUCGUGCUCAGAAUCCACACCCUAACGGAGAACCAACUAAGGGACAGGCACAUUGAAGAAAAACGUCGAGAAAGCCAAUACAGAAAGUCUCAUUGUCUAGUACCGUAUCUUUGUUCAUUUCUGGCAAGCACUGCUGACAUCAAAUGGGAAAAGAAGCAUGCAUAAAUUGCAUUCUAGGAAAGCAGCUGAAAGAAGGAGAAAUUAGUAUGGUUGGUUCACAUAUGCGUGUACAGCCGGCCAAAUCUUUAGCUGGCGUGUGCGAGCACUGACUUGCUUCAUGCCAGUGCCUUAGGACAGUAACAACCGAAUAGGUGAUUCUCCUAUCCAGCACACGCUUUGUGAGCAUGAGGUUAACCUUGACUGUUUCGCAAGCUACCUCCUUCAUAAUGUACUGGAAAGCAGAAAAGGCUGUGCUAGCACGAGGUAGCUAAAGAUUUGGCCGGCCAUACGUGCAUUUAGAUUGUAGAGAGCACAGGAAACGGCCCAUUUACUCAGCCGAAAAAUUAGACUUGCUAUACGUUAGUUGGUGCGCAUGAAGAGCACCAAAAUGUGCGGUGCGUCAAAUUCAGUGUCGGACGACUUCGUCCGACGGCCAUUAUGAUCGAGCAGUGUGUGCUUUCUUCGGCGUAGUUGGCGGGAGAACAAUAACGAAGAGUGUCAAAAUUAAACAAUGUAUCACCUGAGCUUGCACUCGGUCUACAUUGUAUUUCCAACGACAGCAUAUUACGUCAAAAUCGCGCCAAGAGCGUGCGUGGUUGCGAAAUGAAGGAAGCUCGGACGCUUAUAUUAAAAUAGCGUACAUUUCCGACACGUCAAGAGACUGCUGAAAAUGAAUAUUUGAACGCAAAAACAAUGAAUGUUUUUUUUAUUGCUUAGUAUAUGCUGAACGAAAUCAAAGUUGGUGGAAACAUUGUAAAGAAGGAAUAAAAUACACUCCGUCACCAACCUACUGCUUUUGCAGCACGGAAACGUGUCCAGUGCAGUAUAUAAUAAGCGACGCUGCAGACCAAGGUUUCCACUUGAGCAGUAAGAGCUGCCUGGCACGACGCAGCCGCCAUGAAAGCAUUCGUUGCGAUCGUCCUCCUAUCCGCUGCCGCGUUGGCCUACGCUGACCCAGGGCCCGUUCCGAAUAUUGGUGCCGCUGGCGCUGGCACUGUUGGGGUUGGAGGCGGUGUCACCGGCUUGGGCGGACCUGGCAGUGCAUCUGGGGCGUUGCCCGGAGGGGGUUUAGGAAGUGGACUCAACAUUGCCGGCCCAAUCGGGUCUGCCAGUGAAGGGCACCCUAACCUAGGCGCACCAGUUGCACCUGGGUCAGGGUUUCCAGGUGGUGUUCCUAGCGUUCCGAGCGGAUUUCCCUCAAGCUCCGGAUCAUCUUACUCUGGUAGUUCUGGAUCUUUUGGAUCUAGCAUUGAAUCCGUCGGAGGACCUGGCUCAUCAGGUUCCUUCGGCUUUGGUCCAAUAGGUGGCUCUGACGAUUCAUCGAGCCCUGUAGGUUACGGUUUCUUCACUAGACCCGGCUCAAGCCCCGGAUAUUACGGAUAUGGCAAUUUGGAUGGCUUCCACGGCAAUCGCUUCGGAUAUGGAAGUUAUGGCACUGGUCACGCUCCUUUCGGUGGCUAUGGCUCAGGCUUCGGUUAUGGCUCCGGAUCUGGCUCUGGUUUUGGCUCUGAUGUUUAUGGAGGAAACUUCGGAAAUAGCUUCGGUUCUUUUGGAGCCCCCUGGAGUGGUCAUUUCUCUUUCCCAGCUGGCGGUAACUUCGGUGGCCAGCAAGACUUAGGAUUCUAUUCCGGCUCCAGCCGGUUCUGGCAGAAGCCGUCGCAGUUUUGGAUCCUCUGGAGCGUCUGCACGAGCGAGUGGAAGCUCGGCAGCAAGAAGCGCUGGGUAAGGAUUUUUUAACGAGCAUAACUUUCUCCUUCUCUGCCGAUAAUUUUUGUUCACCGGUCGACGGACGUUGAGUGAAUUCAUUUUAUUUUUAAAAUGUGGCCGCGUUUGUUUCUUAUGGCGCGGCAUGGCCCGUACCAUCGUGCCAAAUCAGAUUAGUAGAUCUUUAGGGAAUAACUAGCAAUCGUGCCUUGUGAAUUCAUUGCUUCAACACAUAACGACUCUCAGGCUUAUUGUGAGUGCUUAGGGACACUGGGUUCUCUGAAGGUUGGUGCUGGAUUCAGUACAACCAAAUCGUCAAUUUCAGUGGGAACUUUGUGUUACCGAAGUACCAUUGACGUUCAAAGCUGCGGUUAAUGUACUGACAAAUUCUUAACGAGAGACCACACAAAAGCGCUAUUUUAGUUGCAGUGCCAGUCCAGCUUGCAACAUGUGUCUAAUGGCAAGUUCUCACUAAUGUUCUGAAUGAAAUAAAUGUUCGUUGGCUGCUUGAGCCAUAAAAAACGGAAGAAAUCGGCGUCUAUCUUGGUCGUGCAUUAGAUAUUAAAUUGAGAGCUUAUAUGAAACUCGCGUUAGCGACUGCGGUGAUUCAUUCCACAACUACAGGCUAUUGAGCCUAGGCAGAUAAUAUAUUCACGUUAUUUGGUGCUACAACAGCCUACAAGUCCCCCCCCCCCCCCCCCUCUCCUACUAUGCUGGAAUUCGUAUCCCCGUUCUUGCCGCAUCCUUCUCUUUCCUUUGGACUCGGUCACAAGUACUUGAGCAAUAAGAAUCGUAAUCACCCUGAAACAAUGAAAUAUAUGUUACCAGCAUAUUUAACUAUUUAUGUUCAUGAAUACCAGCAUUCUUACGUUAAUUUACAUUUCUAUUCUAGCU